GUCAGUCAAACGGACCUCUUUGCUUUAACAAUUCUCUCUUUUCCACAGAUACAUUUGUGUAGGCUUAUAAUAUCUGAAGCUCCCCAGUUCCCCCCUGUGCCAGGGUACACAGCAUUCAUGUUAGGUGAGCCAAAAAAAUGUAUGAUUUCCAGAACAGGAUUCGUGCUGCUAAUGGGGCUUAUGGGAAUGUUUUACUUUGCCACUCAACUUCCCCCUCCAAAGGAGAUUUCAGAAGCUGAUGAUGAUCUUCCUGUUAUAACUUCAACAAGAAUCAGACUCAGUGAUGGCAGAUAUUUAGCUUACACAGAAAGAGGAGUCCCCAAGUUCAAAUCCAACCACAAGAUUGUUCUCGUUCAUGGCUUUGGAAGCUCCAAAGAGAUGAAUUUUCUAGCACCCCAAGAGCUGAUAGACGAGUUAAAGAUAUAUUUCCUGCAAUUUGAUAGAGCUGGGUAUGGAGAAAGUGAUCCAAACCCAAAUCGUUCAGUGAAGAGUGAAGCACUUGAUAUACAAGAACUGGCUGAUCAAUUACAGAUUGGAUCCAAAUUUUAUGUCAUUGGAGUCUCACUGGGCUCAUAUUCCACCUGGAGUUGCCUCAAAUAUAUACCAGACAGGCUAGCAGGUGUGGCUCUUGUUGUCCCAGUGGUCAAUUAUUGGUGGCCUUCUCUCCCUGAGAGUUUGAUAAAGGAGGACUACAGAAGAAGACUGGUCCAAUGGUCAAUAUGGGUAGCCCACUAUGCCCCUGGACUACUUUAUUGGUGGGUUACUCAGAAAUGGCUUCCUUCAACUUCUGUCCUUGAAAAAAACCCUGUGUUCUUUAACAAUAGAGAUAUUGAUGUCCUCAAGACAACACCAGGAUUCCCAAUGCUCACCCAGGAUAAAUUGCGAGAGAGAGGCGUUUUCGAUACUCUCCGCAACGACUUUACAGUUGCUUUCAGCCACUGGGAAUUUGAUCCCAUGGAUCUGAGCAAUCCAUUGCCACAAAACCAAAGCUCUGUUCAUAUAUGGCAAGGUUAUGAAGACAAAGUUGUGCCAUUUCAACUUCAAAGAUAUGUUUCAAGUAAGCUACCUUGGAUUCAUUAUCAUGAAGUUCCUGAUGGUGGGCAUUUGAUUGUGCACUAUAAUGGUUUAUCUGAGGCAAUCCUGAGGGCACUUUUGUUUCAAGAAAAACCUCUUUGAUACCCACAAAAAAAAAAAAAAAAAAAAAUAGAGGCCCAAACUAGUAGAGCCACAUUUGUACCUUCAAGUGUGUAACAUAUUCUUCUCAUUAUUAUAUCCAAAAUGUUGAUUGCCUAGGUUUCACCCAAAAAAGGAAAAAAAAUGUUGAUUGUCUAGGGAUUCUUUUUUAUAUUCUUAUUUAUCAGGGAAAGCCAAAUAUGUACAUUGCAUUUGUUACUAGAAAUUUGAAGGGAAUAUAGUUUGCUUUUCAUGA